AUGGAAGUAGUGGUCUGUUUGGUGCUGCUAUUUAUAGGAGUUGGAGUUUUCACUUUCAUACAUGUUUGUAUAGUUGGGAGGGCAUUUGGGAGCAUAAGUAGUGGAGAAAGUUUUAACCCAAGAAGGGAUAUGAAUAAUAGAAGAAGUUCAAGCAUGUCCCAAGAGGAUAUAAAGAAAUUGCCUUGUUUUGAGUACAAAUUGGAAGAAGAAGAAGAUGAUGAUGAAGAAAGGGUGAGUGGCACUAUUUGUGCAGUUUGCUUGGAGAAGUUCAAGAGUGGGGACACGUGUAGGGUGCUGCCAAAGUGCAAACAUUGCUUCCAUGCUCAGUGCAUUGAACCAUGGCUCAUCACUGCAGCUGUUUGCCCUAUUUGCAGAGCUGCUACCAACACUCCACCCUUUACAACAACUACUAGUAUUGGGGAGGAAAGUAGCAAUAGUAAUUCAAAUCAAAUUGUGAUUGAAUUGACAUAG